GGCCUGUAUAAGGGGGAAGAGAUAAAAGGUUCCCCAGCCCUGCACUGCAAUGUUUUGUUUCAGGGCCACUUGUUUUGGUCUGACAACUAUGGCAGACCCUAAUCUCCAGAAACCACCCAAUUCCUUCCAGAGUCCAGUUUGUUGGUCUGCCUAUUUUUAUUACUACCAUACACCAUAGCCACAGGAGACUCUCAAAGCAGCUUGCAAAAGAUUUGCCCAGUGCUAUCACAUUUAAAAAGAAUUUCACAUAUGGUCAGAAGAAUGGUGACAAGUUUAUUCAGACAGCAUUUUUUUCCUCCUUGUUCAUCUUGGUAGGCCUUCUGGCCUUGUGUUACGGGGCAGCAGACUUGCUCAGACUCUCUGAGAGCUGGUGAUUAUUUGAAGGACUGGCAAAUGUAUUCCGAAGUGGAAAAUGCCAGUAUUCCACCAACUUCGUUAGAGAACUAACUUAUCCAAACAGAGGUGAAAAGGAGUAAAAGUUGUAAGAAAAUGCUUGGAUCAGAACGUGGGGUUGUAGAAGAAUGGCUUUCAGAAUUCAAGGCAUUACCUGAAAUGCAAAUAUCCAGUUAUGCAGCAACACUUCACCGGAAGAAAGCAUUGGUUCCAGCUCUUUAUAAGGUCAUUCAAGAUCCAAAUAAUGAGCUUCUGGAGCCUGUCUGCCACCAGCUCUUUGAACUCUAUCGUAGUUCUGAGGUUCGUCUCAAACGGUUUACGCUGCAGUUCUUGCCAGAACUAAUCUGGGUUUAUCUGCGUCUUACUGCCAGCAAAGACAGACAGAGUAACGGUUGCAUUGAAGCCCUGCUUUUGGGGAUUUACAACUUGGAAAUUGCUGACAAAGAUGGGAACAAUAAAGUUUUAUCUUUCACCAUCCCUUCCUUAUCCAAGCCAUCAAUUUACCAUGAGCCAUCUACUAUUGGAUCCAUGGCUUUGACUGAGGGAGCCCUAUGUCAGCAUGACCUCAUCAAAGUGGUUUAUAGCGACCUUCACCCUCAAAGAGAAACAUUCACUGCGCAGAACAGGUUUGAGGUGCUGAGUUUUCUUAUGCUGUGUUACAACUCUGCGAUCGUCUAUAUGCCUGCCUCUUCCUAUCAGUCACUUUGCAGGAUGGGUUCCAGACUCUGUGUGAGUGGGUUUCCACGGCAACAUGAGAAAUGCUGGAAGGAAGAUUGUGGCCGAGUGGUACUGGAUCCUGACUUCAUGGUGCAGCUGCUCACUGGUGUCUAUUAUGCUGUUUAUAAUGGACAGUGGGAAGUUGGCCAAGAAGCACUAGAUGACAUAAUUUACAGAGCCCAGCUUGAACUUUUUUCUCAGCCACUGCUGGUUGCAAAUGCUAUGAAGAAUUCGUUGCCCUUUGAUGCUCCUGAUGCAUCGCAAGGAGGACAGAAGGUGUUGAAGGUGGAGGUUACUCCAACUGUGCCGAGGAUUUCUCGGACUGCCAUUACAACAGCUUCAAUCCGCCGACAUCGCUGGAGAAGAGAAGAUGGCUUUGACUUCUCAAGCGAGGCUGACUUGAGCAUUCCCGGAUCUCCGAUCCUACACGGCUCCACAGACCUAGGGAUCAAACGCAAGCAAGAGGGGGACGUGCUGGUGCUCAGGACACCUGAGCAUGGCUCACCGGAGCCCAACCUGGCAACAGCCACAACAGAGGAUGGUGAGGGUGUCAAUGGAAGAGAAGAAUCUGUGAAUCUUAAUGAUGCUGAUGAAGGAUUUUCAUCUGGGGCGUCCCUGAGCAGCCAGCCAGUUGGAGCCAAACUUUCAUCUACAUCUCAAAGGGGCAGCUUAAGGAAAGGAGUGAGUGGGCGUUCAGCCAAGGAUAAGGAGAUUUCUACACCUACCAAAUCCACGGAGAGCCCUCGAGAAUCUGCCCGUAAGCAGUACCUGAACCAGUCUAUUGACCUCAGUACAGAUGCAAUUGAAAUGACUCCUACAAAGAAACACCUGAGUCUGCCUGCUGGGCAGGUGGUGCCAAAAGCCAAUAGUGUGAGCCUGAUUCGGACUGCUAGUGCUUCUUCCACUAAAUCAUUUGACUAUGUGAAUGGCAGUCAAGGGGGUUCAGGAGUUGGUAUUGGCGGUGAGGGUGUUACUAACUUAGCAGCUGGCAACACCAAUCGGUUUUCGACCAUUAGUCUACAGGAGGACCGCUUAGGCCAAGCUGGAAAUGGCAAAGAUGUCAUCUCGCCAGGAGCUCCUCUGACCAAGCAGUCCCGAUCCCCAAGUUUCAAUAUGCAACUCAUAUCCCAGGUUUAACUUCGUUGUCCUUCCUCUACUUUCCCCUUUUACCCAAUUCCUUGUUGAGCAACAACAGCAACCAUCAUCCUAUAGUGUGAAAAUCCUGGCUUUUGUGAUCUUGUUCAAUUCAUUUUAGAUGUCAUACUAUAUUUUGUACUGAAACAGCAAUAAAACCUCAUGUUCCAAUCC